AUGGAGGAACUGGACAUUCAGUAUAUCCUGUCAGAACCCGGCGAACGCACCACUGGAAUCGUCCAGCCACCUAACACGCACAGCCCAGUUGCCGCCAUGAAGCUUAGCAUGCAUCCACAUGUUCCAGCCCAAGGGCUGACGUCAUUCCCUUUUACAAAAGCCGGGAAUAACGCCGCCGCCCACUGUCCCGGCUUCCCAAAGCACGUCUGCGCCCUUUAUGACGCCAGGCAUCCUUUCCUGCGGCUCCCACCCAAAGAGUUACCGCUCCGUCUUCGUUCUUUCAGCAAGCGCGGAAUCCAUGCGCCGCGUGGUCCGCCUGCCGCCGGUUUCCAUGGGAACCGAAAAGCCGCGGCGAUGCGAGGCCGCCGGCUAUCGUCCAUCUCCCUGGAGAUCCUGUUCUUCCUCAAUGGCUGGUACAGUGCCACCUACUUCCUGACGGAGCUUUUCAUGUUCCUGUACAAGAGUCUCCUGCUACCGUAUCCAAAAACCAAUCUAGUUCUGGACCUGGCCAUGUUCUUCCUUUACUUCGGGACUGAAUUCUUCCGCAUCCAUUUCGGCAGGAAAGGGAACCUCUGCCAAAGGAUAACGCCGCUGGGGAUUAGCUUGGCCUUGACCUUCCCUUCGGCUCUGAUGGCUUUCUAUUACUUCCUGUUUCAGACUUAUGUUCUUCGCAUCGAGGCCGUGAUGACCAUGCUCCUGCUCCCUUUCUACAGCGUGCAGGUGAUCCUCGAGGUGCUCACACUCACCACCUUAUCCAACAAGGAUUCUUUGUGA